ACCCACCACACGAGGCACGAUGUAUCGCGUUGAACUUCUUCCCGGGUCGACAACCCACGUCACUCCGGGCUGGACCUACGUCCCGGAUCGAGGCUUCGACCCCGCCAAAGCAGCCAUCACGCCCACCAUCGGUCGCAAACGCGGCAUCCGGGACCCAGGCCGGACAGAUCUCUCUUCCCGACAGACCAACGCGAUCAUCCGACAUCUGGCCGAACUUGACCGCGAGAACCAUCGCGAUGUACAGAUCCAGAUACCCGUGAGACAGAAAGAGCCUGCUGCCCCACGAGGUACGUCUCCCCUUCCUCCCUUGUUGAACACCACAGCGGAGCAGUUCGCUGUGCGCUGCACCGCAACAGCGAGACUCAGACAUCUCGUUCACAAUCCGCAAAGCAAAACCCCCCUCUCAGACCACAGUCCUGAAGAACUAAAAACUUACUCAAACCAUGAUCAGGAACCCGCACGAAAGUAACCUCCAACGUCCGCCGCAUCCUCCAAUCCCAAAAGACCUUCCG